CUAAUGUUUUCCUAUGUGUCCAUAUACACAUCUUCGUUUACAGUCGUUUACAGGCAGUUGAGUUUAAAGUCGUUUUUUGAACACAGAAAACUUGCAUUCAGGAGUAGAUUUUAUCAUGGUUUCAAAUGCCAAAUGCUUAUAAACGUAGCUAACCGCGUUUAUAAGCGUUUGUGUUUGAAAUUUUUUUUUUCAACUCUUCCAUUUCUAGAUGCUGUCCAGAGCCUUUUUUCAUCAAGAAAAAUGCAUGCUAAGCGUUUUCCCAGUGCUCAAAUAGACCUAGUACACCAUACUUUGAGGUUUCGCAUGAAAGAAAAUAUGUUAGAC